AUGGUCGGCGUUGAGCAGGCAGAAGAACGCAACGCCGCCCUGCUGCCGUGUGUCCCGCAGAUCGCGGAACGCUCUGUCGGCAUGAUGGUCAAGAAGGUAGACGGAGGCGAGCGCAACAGCGGCGGUAGCAGCAACAAUCGGUGCGACGACGAAAACGACGGUAUUAUCAAGGAGGGAGGCGGUGUAGGUGGCGGCGAGAGCAUCAGCGGCGGUAGCAGCGACAAACCCGACGGCGGCAUGAAGGAAGAACGCGGCGGCGGCGAUGAUGAGAGGGCCCUCCGCGCCGCUUUGCGUGAGCAAUACGCCGCGCGUUUAGUUGGCGGGAAGGAGGGCGGUGGUAUAGGCGGCGGCGAGCGCAGCAGCGGCGGUAGCAGCAACAAUGGCUCCGGCAAGCACGACGGUAUGCAGGAACAACGAGGUGGCGGCGAUGAUGAGAGGAGCCUCCGCGCCGCUGUGCGUGAGCAGUACGCCGAUCGUUUAGAUGGCGGGAAAGAGGGCGGCGGUGUAGGCGGCGAGCGCAGCAGCGGCGGUAGCGGCGACAAAUGCGACGGCAGCAUGAAGGAAGAACGCGGCGGCAGGGAUGAUGAGACGGCCCUCCGCGCCGCUUUGCGUGAGCAAUACGCCGAACGUUUCCAUGGCGGGAAGGAGGGCGGAGGUGUGGGCGGCGGCGAGCGCAGGAGCGGCGGUAGCAGCAACAAUGACUUCGGCAAGCACGGCGGCAUGACGGAAGAACGUGGCGGCGAUGGUAAUAGGGGCCUCCGCGCCGCUGUGCGUGAGAAAAUCGCCAAGCAGCGCGCCGCUGCCCUUGAGCAAACCACCGACCGGCAAGAUGACGGGAGGCGCGCGCCGCACGUGGACGGGACGCCUCCGCAAGUCCAGGGAGAGCGCAAGACUACCGAAGAACCGCGGGACGAGGUUCGAACCUUUGAUGCGGAACAAUGGCGAACGAUCAAGGCCGGACCGGAGCGAGGGGUACGAUUUGACCGCAGUGGGACAAGGGUUGUCCAGAAACGUGGGUGGGUGCGGUACUACGGCAACGCCAUCAGGACAGGCACCGCGGUCCGCCUCGGCACGACGGAGGAGCUAGAACCAUCGCCUCGGCAGAAUACGAAGGCGGCGCUGCCGCCAUCUACGCGUAGCCACGAGCAGGAGGAGACGCCUAGUCUCGAGAAGAGCGAGAGGUCGGGGGAGGUGAAGUCUGAGGACAAAGACGCCGAGGGAAGCGCGAAGUUGAGCACCGGCCGGCAGGCAGUUGAGGAUGCGGAAGCGGCCGGACUCGACGACAACCUGAAAGAGUAUUAUCAGGUCGUCUUAGCCAAGUUGAAGAGCAGCAGGAAAGAGGCCACUGAAUACAAAGAGUUAAAGUCGAUUCACGGCAGAUCGAGCGGGGUUGAGCUCUCAAGAGCUGACCAGAAGCCCAAGAACGCCAAGCCCAAGGGUCAUAUGGCCAUCCAGGGCGGCGAAGAGCUAACGACCGGCAAGUCGGACGGCGUAGACGUUGAGAAAAGGUCGAAGAAGGGCUGCAAGAAGAAGGACAAGUCGAAGGAUAAGUCGAAAGAUAAACCGAAGGAUAAGUCGAAGGACAAGUCCAAGGACAAGUCGAAAGAUAAGUCGAAGGGCAAGACGAAAGACAAGUCCAAGGAUAAGUGGAAGUAUAAGUCCAAGGAGGGCAAAAAUAAAUAAACCCGCAUCCGAGGCCAAGGGUGAGCUAGCUCCCCGGCGGGUCUAUUCCGCCCAGCCGUGAGAAACUGUGUUGAGUAGCAGUAUUUGCGUGGCAGGAACAGCAAACGAGAGGGGUAUGACGGAUUUUUCAUGGUCGAGAUGGGGGGGAGCAUUGUGGGUGAGGAUCGUCAACCGCCAAGCGGCGGGGCGUGUGCUAGCGACCCCACCGCGUCUGGCACUGAACCAUCUGUUGCUCUCUACCGGCCCGGUGAUGUGUUGCGCCGGGCUAUUUUGGUGUACAGAAGUUGUCACUUUGCGGGGCAUUUUUUCUCAUGCCCUUCGUAUGGGCGAAGUCCAGACGAAACGUGACAUCGGCUGAGGGGGAAUGUCUACUCUUUGUGUGUGCCAACGCGGCGAUUUUGUUGUAUUGGGCAUAGUUCUCAGCUGGAACUCUCGUAUUUGGCAUUUUUUCUCAGGUCGCAUUUCGAUCGACGACUACCAAAGG